AUGAAGGAUCAAGUUAAUGCCAGAAUAAGGUUAGCAAUAACGAAAGUUACUACAUUGAUGUCAAGCGCCAAUUUUCUAGGUUCACAACUACAACUUGCACAGCAAAAGGGUGAUGAAAUUCCGAGUUCCGAUCAAAUAGUUGAGCGAGCAAAUUAUAAAUUACAACAACUUGAAUUGGCUGCACUUCUUAAAUUAGGUGUUUACCGUUUAUUGUUACGUAACUUUUAUGAAAUUUCAUAUGUGGAUAAUAGUCAAUUCGCAUCAAUGUUGUCUUUAUCAUCACGACGUUCGUUGCAAGAAUAUCUUGCUUGGGAAGAUGAACCUUCAGUACGUCCUUCGGACAUAGAAAUGCAACAAAAACUUAAAGCUCUUUUUAAUGAGCAUGUAUUUUCUAAAGGAAUUUCACCUCAAAUACAUCCUAAAAAAAUCGAUCCUGGUGAUAUCCCAAAUUUAGAACUUCCAAGAACUUUCCAAGAAAAAGUUUGCAUCACCAAUUCUCAACAAUCUAAUGACAAUUUGAAACAUCUGACGAAUUUGGUGGUUUUGAUUUAG